AUGAGGUAACUCUGGCAGUGUGCCCUGGCAUAGGUAACUCUUCGGAGUCGGUCUACAUUCGCACAUUUGUCCAUUACGCACAAUAUUACGGAUACAGAUGUGCCGUACUUAAUCAUAUUGGUGCCUUAUCUGGAGUGCCUGUCACUAGCUCUAGAAUUUUCAGUUAUGGUCAUACCGAUGAUUAUAAUGAAAUGAUUCGACAUCUGCAAUCACAGUUUCCUCGUUCUAAGAUAGUUUGUGUGGGCUACAGUUUAGGAGGCAAUAUCAUCACCAAAUAUCUUGGUGAAAAGACAAAAAUUAAAAAUGGUAAUAUAAUUGGAGGAAUUUCAAUAUGCCAAGGAUACAACGCCAUUGAGGGUACGAAAUGGCUACUGAAUUGGCAAAAUUUUCGUCGUUUCUACUUGUAUGUUUUAACAGAAAGUGUGAAGACAAUAAUUUUGAAACACAGACAUAUUCUCCUGUCCGAUGAAAUGAAAUUAAAAUGCCAAUUGAAUGAGAGAGAUAUAGCAUCGGCAGCUACUUUGCCGGAAUUGGAUGACGCCUAUACGAGAAAAGUUCACAAGUUUCCAUCUGUAAACGCUUUAUACAAAUGGAGUUCCUGCAUAAACUACAUCCAGGACAUUGAAACUCCAAUGGUAUUUAUAAAUGCUAAAGACGAUCCUUUACUCCAUGACACUCUUCUAGAUCCUAUAAGAAAAAUUGCUGGUUCUUCUAGAAGAAUGAUCUACGUAGAACUUUCUCAUGGAGGUCAUCUAGGAUUCUUUGAAGGGGGUCUCAUAUACCCCAAUCCCGUUACCUGGAUAGAUAGAGCAGUGAUAAGCUUGGUUGGAGGUCUCCUGCUUGCACAUAAUGAAAGAGCUAUUAAGCCAAUUUAGAUUUAUAAUUAUUAUUUAUAAAAAUUUAUGAAAUAAUUUUUUGUUAUAAAUUGUGGAUUUAUUUUUUUAUUUGUGUUUG